AUGGAUUUGGAUGAGGAUGAGACUGCUGGGAGCAGUGACUUGCCCGACUCAUUCGAUUGGCGAGACAAAGAGUUGGUGCCGCCUGUCAGAAAUCAAGGAGACUGUGGUAGUUGCUGGGCUUUUGCCACGGCGGCUUGUCUCGAGAUUCAGUAUUCUCGAAAAUGGCCAACAUACGAUUUCAUCGACUUGUCCGAGCAGGAGAUGUCCUGUGUCUACCCAAAUAAGAAAACAAUCUGCAAGGGUGGCUUUCCAAGUGUUGCUUUUAAUUACUACAAAAGCAAGGGAGUCGGUUUUGAAGAGGCUUGGCCCUACAAUCCGAAAGGAGAUCUUACUUGCUACUCGUUUAAACCAAAAGUGAGAGUGACUUCGGUGACGAGUCUUCUACCCUUUGACAUGGACACCUUAAAGAGAGCAAUCGUUGAUGAUGGACCGGUGGCUGUUGGUAUCUAUAUGAAUUGGGAUUUCAUGUACUAUGAUGGAGGAAUAUUUGAUCAAACUUGUGAAGGUCUUGGACCUCUCGGAGGACAUGCGAUGGUCAUCACUGGAUACGGAGAAGAGGACGGGUGGCCGUAUUGGAUCGUGCGGAACUCGUGGGGAACGAAUUGGGGUGAAGACGGAUAUAUUAGAAUAUGGGCUGGUCAAAAUCUUUGCUCGGUUGAGUCCUAUUUCUUGGAUCAAGCUCAAAUUGAUUGGGUUGAUGAA